AUGAACAGUUUCAAUUGGAUGUUCGACAAGGACCGCUUCACGUUAUAUAAGACGUGGAAGCACGACUCUUCCGUCGUCUACCGCAUGACGACCUGGACGAAUACCACCGCCUACUUCGCCUCAUUCAUCCUUCCAGUCAAAACCAACAUCAUCUUCCUCAAGGUCCAAGAACCCACCUUCGAAGCUGCCUACGACACCCUCAAGAACGCGGGCGUGGAGCUCGACCCUGCCGCGCGAGCGGGGUUUGACAACUCCAUCGGGAGGAUGGCCGUGCAGAAGGUCGCGUUCUGGCAGACGGUGUCCGGGAAGGGCAUCAUGGAAUUUUGUCGACGCAAUGCGAAGAACGUGGAGGUGGGGAUCCAGGAGGUGGGAAACCAGAGGAUCUUCACGAUUGUGUGGGCCCCGAAGGGCGAGAGGGUCAGGAAGGAGGAUAUGGACGCUUUUAUUGGGGAUAAUUUUAGGUUGCAGUUGACGCACGCAAAACUUGGCCUCGAGAAGAAGGCGUUGGACGCUAUAGUUUGGAUUGCGAAGAGUGUCUUAUUGGCCGAUGCUGGGAUAGGAGUGCAGCAGGGCGGCGGUUAUUAG